GCUUCCUUUGCAGAGAAAACCACCGGACGCCAUGAAAAUCAAAGCUCUUUCUCGUCCCACUUCCUCGCAACAGGCUCCGGGAACCGCUGUCGUUCGACAGCCCCGAAACCUCGACCCGGCGCAGCAUCCAUUCGAGCGGGCUCGUGAAUACACCCGUGCUCUCAAUGCUACCAAGUUAGAGCGCCUGUUCGCUGCGCCCUUCUUGGGCCAGAUGGGCGAAGGCCAUGUGGACGGUGUGUAUACUAUGGCCAAGGACCCAGGCUCUCUGGAACGGUUCGCCAGUGGUAGCGGUGAUGGUGUAGUCAAGGUGUGGGAUUUGACCACCCAGGGAGAGAUCUGGAACACCCAGGCACACGACAACAUCGUCAAGGGUGUGUGUUGGACCCCCGAUCGGAAGUUGCUUUCUUGCGCGAGCGACAAGACCGUCAAGCUUUUCGACCCGUACAACUCGGCACCCGAAGCACCACCGCUAGCAACCUACCUGGGCCAGGGCGCUUUCACCUGCCUCACGCACCAUCGGGACCUGCCCUACUUUGCCGCAUCCUCCUCUCAGAUCUCUAUCUACGAUCUCUCCCGUCCUUCCUCUACUCCGUCCCAGACUCUUCACUGGCCCACCAACGUGGACACCAUCACCUCCAUCGCUUUCAACCAGACGGAGACCUCCAUCCUUGGUUCUACCGGUAUUGACCGUUCGAUUAUCAUGUACGACCUCCGGACAUCGUCCCCUCUUCACAAGAUGGUUCUCCGCCUGGCGUCGAACGCGAUCUCGUGGAACCCCAUGGAAGCGUUCAACUUUGCCGUUGCCAACGAAGAUCACAACGUCUACAUGUUCGACAUGCGCAAGAUGGAUCGCGCAUUGAACGUGCUCAAGGACCACGUCGCUGCUGUGAUGGAUGUGGACUUCAGUCCCACCGGUCAGGAACUUGUCACUGCCUCUUACGAUCGGACGAUCCGCUUGUGGAACAGAUCCACGGGCCACUCUCGCGACAUCUACCACACCCAGCGUAUGCAACGUGUUUUCUCCGCCAAGUUCACCCCCGACAACAAGUACGUCUUGUCCGGCUCCGACGACGGCAACAUCCGCCUUUGGCGCGCAAACGCAUCCGACCGCAGCGGAGUAAAGAGCGCUCGUCAACGGGCCAAGCUCGAGUACGACCAGGCCUUGAUCCAGAGAUACUCGCACAUGCCGGAAAUCCGCAGAAUCCGUCGCCAGCGUCACGUGCCGAAGCCGAUCAAGAAGGCGCGCGAGAUCAAGCGGGAGGAGCUGAUGGCGAUCAAGAGACGCGAGGAGAACGUGCGCAAGCACACCAAGAAGGAGAACCUGCCCAAGAGACAGAGCGAGCGCGAGAAGAUGAUCCUGGCCAAGGAGCAAUAAAUGCUCUGCCCGGGACGUCCAUCUGGAUGAUCGUGCGGAACGGCUGCGCUCAGAGACCAAUUAAAUUGUGUCUC